AUGGCAGAGUCGGCAGUGAGUCUUGUUGUUGACAAGUUAGUUCCAUUGCUAACUCAAGAAGUGAAACUAUUGACAGGUGUCCAUGAAGAAGUUGCAGAUAUCAAACGGGAACUGGAAGUCAUUUGUGCUUUCCUGAAAGAUGUAGAUUCAAAAGCUGUGAAAGAAGGCAUCGGUGAGGGGGUGAAGGUAUUGGUAAACCAAGCAAGAGAAGAAGCUCAUCAUAUUGAAGAUGUCAUCGACGAGUACAUGUUUCAUGUGGCAAGACAUCCUGAUCAUCGACAUGGACUACUAAAUAGAAUUGCUUCUUUCAUCAAAAAAUUCAAUUCACGUCACGAGAUAGCAUCGAAGGUCCAAAAUAUCAAGACAUCACUUCUAGAUAUCAAGAAUAGAAGUCAAACAUUCCAAUUCAUUUCUUCAGAUCAAGGAGCAUCAAGUAGCAGAAGCAAUGCAAGAAGAGGAUUAAUACAUGAUCCUCGACUGACUUCUCUUUUCAUCGAAGAAGCUGAGCUUGUUGGCAUUGAAUCUCCAAGAGAUGAAUUGAUAAGCUACUUAGUGAGUGGAAUUUCUCGAAGGACAGUGAUUGCAGUGGUUGGUAUGGGAGGUGUGGGAAAAACCACUUUGGCCAAGAAAGUAUAUGACAACCACAGGGUGAAAGAGCACUUUCGAUACCGUGCUUGGAUCACAGUGUCUCAAUCAUAUGAUAAGAGGGAGCUACUAAGUAAUAUGCUGAAGAGAUUCUAUGAAGCAAAAAAUGACAUUGCUACAAUGGAUGAGGAGGGAUUGAUUAACGAGACUCAAAAAUAUUUACGAGAAGAGCGAUAUUUGGUUGUAUUUGAUGAUGUAUGGGAUAUUGGAUUUUGGGGAGAUUUGGAGCACACCUUGCUAGAUAAAGAUAAUGGUAGUAGAAUAUUGGCUACCACAAGAAAGAAGGAUGUUGCUAAUUUUUGUAGAGGAUCUUCAUUGGUUCAUGUCUAUCGUAUAAAACCUUUACCUCAAAAAGAAGCAUGGGAACUCUUCUGUAAUAAAGCAUUCAGGUUUGGGUUUAAAGGGCAAUGUCCAAAAGAUCUGCAGGAAUUGUCACACAACAUUGUUAGAAGAUGUGGAGGAUUGCCGCUAGCAAUUGUGGCAGUUGGUGGGCUUCUAGCAACAAAAGAAAAGGCUAUUCUAGAAUGGGAAAAAGUUCUUAAUAGCCUUGGGUCGGCCAUGGUGGGUGAUCCUUAUAUUGAUAAUGUCACUAACAUUCUAUCUCUCAGCUAUGGCGAUCUCCCUUACCACCUCAAAUCUUGUUUCUCAUAUUUCGGCAUGUUUCCUGAGGAUUUCCCAUUAAACGUAGAAGAAUCAUUCAAUUAUGGGUGUCUGAGGGUUUUGUACAAGAAAAGCCAGGCAUGA